AUGUCUCAACAACAUUAUUUUUGUCCACUGUGUAUUUCCUCAAGCGCUUUCCACAAUUAUCGUACUUUAUUUACACAUAUUCGCCAUGAACAUCGUGAAGAAUCGUCUUUCAAUAUUCGCUGUGAAUUAGGUGCGCUUUGCGGAUCUCGUUAUUCAUCGUUUGAUAGUUAUCGUAACCAUAUUUACUGUUGUCAUCGUUCUCUUUUCGGUUCAUUUGACAAUAAUAAGACUGUAUCAUCGAAUAUUGAUGAUAUUGUGGAUGAUUUUGAGAAUUUAUCUUCUCAUCCUACUUUUAGCAAUCAAUCAGAUGUUAUUAAUGAUCCUGAAUCAUAUAUUUAUCCAGAUGAAGAACUUGACGAUACAGAUCGUGAAUUUCUUAAUUUCGACUCCACCAUCUUUUCUAUUACUAAUGAACAACUUAAUUUCAGCAAACUUGCAUAA